UUUUGAAAGUUAGAUGUCUUCAAAUCUGUCUGAAGCUUUGAAUUCUUAUUUUCUUCGAAAUAAUAGGAUAAUGUCAUGAAAGACAAGUCUCUUGUACAAUAUUAACUAUGUGGUGGCUGAGAAUUCGUCCAUCUCCUAUUAUUUCCAAAGCUUUGGUCAAUAUCAACCAUAAAUGGACACUUCGAUGCACAACAUGUGUGGUACCUAAAUUAAUAAAUCAGAAAAAUCAACCAUGUCGGCAAUCAAGUUCUGGUAUAUCUCACUACUUCUCACAAGACUUCACGCCAAUUUACUUGGCACAACAAACCUUAGAAUCAAUUCAUUCAUUCACUCAUUUACCUUGGUGGGGGGUCAUCCUUGGGGCGACUUUCUUUCUUAGGACUAUUAUUACUCUACCUCUGGCAGUACGGCAGAAUAAAUUAGUGACAAAGAUUGAGUUACUGCAACCAACGUUGAAAAUGAUGUCUGAAGCUCUUAAAUACAGGAUAGCAGCAGAAUGCAAGCAAGGGGGUAAAACGGCAGCCCAGUUUGAUGCAAUUUACAAGAAAAAGCAUCGCCGCAUGAUGUAUGAGCUUUAUCAAAACGAGGGAUGCAACCCAAUCAAGAUGUUUUUGUUGCCAUGGAUACAGCUACCAUUAUGGAUUAUUAUUUCAUUAGCAAUAAGAAAUAUGACAGGUACAAGCUAUAUGCAGACGGCAAACAGAGAGUUAGAGUCUUCCUUCUCCUGUCCCGAAAUGUCUAAUGAGGGAUUCCUGUGGUUUCCAGAUCUUCUAGUCCCAGAUCCCCUCAUGAUUCUUCCAGCUGCUGUAGGGCUGUUUAACCUGACUAAUAUCGAGAUUCAUGCACUGCGCCGUCAGCAGCCAUCAAGAAAUCAGCGAAUAUUCACUAACUCUCUGCGGACCAUGUCUAUUGCUAUGAUAUUCCUGGCUUCCCAGGUCCCUUGUGCUAUGAGUCUCUACUGGGCAGCAUCUGCUGGAUAUGGUGUUGGCCAAAACAUCCUGAUGAGACUACCCAAAGUAAGACGACGGCUUGGAAUACCCAAGACCCCAAGUGAAAGUAAAACACCUUUGAAGGACCUAAAGAAGCUACUGGAUAUAAAGGUUGAUAGUUUUAUCCAGAAGCAAAGACAAGACCCUUGGGAUAACAAGAAGUAGAGACAGGCCUAAUUGCUGUUCACAAGGUUGGUCAUCGCCUCAGGGGCACCGCGAACAAGGUGAAAAAAUGUAUGGUUUUACUGCCUUAAUUCUACAUGAUUCUUGUUGAAUGAUAAAAGAGGCAUGUGAAGAGAAAAGGCUUCAUCAUUUAGUGGGACUGUAAUGAAAACAAAACAAUGAGAAGAUUAAUACCCGAAAAAAAAUUAAGUUUCGAGAAAGAAGAUUGGUUGCAAAUAAAUUGCUGGUGAAACAAAAAGGUCAACAUCUCUGUUUCUCGUACAGAGUGAGGGAUAAAUGCCUGGAGACACGUCUUUCUAGUUUAUGGGUGCUUUUAACGGAUUAAAGGAAGAACUGCAUUAAAAUCUUUGAAGAUAACAAUAUGAAUGUUUAUAUAAGUGUUCUGAAAAUAUUAGCGUUUUAUAGGAUUCAAAAGAAAGAAUUAACAAAAAUAGAUUUUAAAGUUGCUUUGCGUAGGAACAGCUGGUAAAACUAGUUUUCACAUUCCAUGUGAAUACCGGUGUAUGUACCAUGAUGAAUGAUAGAAAAAGGAAUAUCAAAGCCUAAUGCAUAAGCGCAUUACGUUUCGACAUGAUUCGAUACGGAUUCCAGUCGACAAGAAUCAUUUUAAGAUCACUAGAUUGUGGGUUUUGUUUUUACGUAAUAAAUGAUUGCUCUUUCUGGGAUAAUCUUGUCUAAAAGGUUUCGUUAUCUCACAGAUUUGGUAAUAAUCUUUAUAACAAAGAUACUCGUACGUGAGGUCAACUUUCACGUCUCAGACGCCAUAAUAACUGGUGCUUGAAUGGGCUUGCUUAUCAUAAACGUAUCAGGUGCCGCCCACAUCUUGCACACUAGACGUAUGCGAGGCAUAAAAUAAGUUACAACGAGCGCGCAAUCCUACAAGUAUUCUUGUUAGAUAACUUAUGAUUAAUGCGUUUUGCCUCGUUAUAAAUAGAGAUCUUGUUAACGCUAACUUAGAUAUUGAUGGCGUAGUUUAGAAUGCUAUGGUUUAUGCACAGCUAUUUCGAGCAUGAGCUUCGUGUGCGAGAGCUAAAACUAGAUUGUUCCCCAGUGCGCAGUGUAAAUCUAUCCGUUCUUCAUAAUGUACAUCGGCCGCCAAGAAGAGAUUUUUAAGGGGUCACUUAAGUACAACGAACAUUUAAUAAAGUUAAUAAACACCAUAGAACACAAA